AUGUCCGGGCGGUUUGUGCGUUCAUCCAAGUAUCGCCACGUCUUCGGGCGUUCGACACGAAAGGAACAAUGCUACGAUAAUCUUCGCAUCUCGCGAAAUGCGUGGGAUACCAACUUAAUCAAGGUCAACCCAAAGCACCUGGCAGUCAAUUGGGAAGCCGGUGGUGGUGGAGCUUUUGCUGUCAUUCCCCUUGAGGAACGGGGCAAGCUACCGGAGCGCAUUCCUCUAUUCCGGGGACACACUGCUGUUGUUCUUGACACCGACUGGAAUCCCUUCAACGAUGACUUGAUUGCCUCGGGUUCCGAUGACGGAAAGAUCUUCCUCUGGCGGGUUCCAGACGACUUCACCGUUCGCCCCGACCUCGAUGCGGAUGAUAUCCAGGAUAUUGCGCCUGUUGGAAAGCUAAGCGGCCACUCAAAGAAAGUCGGCCACGUGCUCUUCAACCCCGCGGCGGAAAACGUGCUGGCAACAGCCUCGGGCGAUUAUACUGUGAAGAUUUGGGAUAUUGAGGCGGGCGCACCGAAGUUGACCUUGAACAUUGGUGACAUUGUUCAGUCACAGUCGUGGAGUGCCAAUGGCUCCCUGCUGGUUACAACUUCGCGCGACAAGAAGCUCCGCAUUUGGGAUGUUCGCCAGGAGCGUCCGGCCCACGAGACUGCAGGACACUCUGGAGCGAAGAACAGUCGCUCUGUUUGGCUCGGUGAGCGCGACCGGAUCGUGACCACUGGUUUCUCCAAGAUGAGUGAUCGUCAGCUGGCUCUCUGGGAUAUUCGUGCGGCCCGGGAGCCUAUCAAUGGAUUCAAGACUCUGGAUUCCAUCUCCGGUGUGUGCAUGCCAUUCUGGGAUGACGGUAACAGUAUUUUGUACCUGGCUGGACGAGGUGAUGGAAACAUUCGCUACUUCGAGGUUGAAAACGAUAAGUUCGAGUUUCUCUCGGAGUACAAGUCUGCCGAUCCUCAGCGUGGUGUUGCUUUCAUGCCCAAGCGCGGUGUUAACAUGCACGACAAUGAAAUCGCCCGCGCCUUCAAGACCGUCAACGACGGCUACAUCGAGCCCGUCUCCUUCGUCGUCCCCCGUCGGUCCGAGAACUUCCAGGAAGAUAUCUACCCGCCCACAAUCGGCGUCACUCCUGCCAUGGGAGCGUCUGAAUGGUUUGAUGGAAAGGAGGCGAUCCCUCCCAAGAUCUCUAUGGAAAGUUUGUUCGACGGAAAUGGUCUUGAGGAGGUUGAGGGUGUGCAGGAUAAGCCGACCGGUACUAUGGAUGCUCCGGCUCCUAAGCCCGCUGAGCCUGAAGUUAAGAAGCCUGAGCCUGUUGCGCCAAAGGCUGCUCCUGAGCCUACUCCGGAACCCACACGUGUGGCCCGUCCCGCCCCAUCCAUGAAGGAGCAGGGUGGAGCCAUGUCGGCUAUGGUUAACAAGUUUGCCGAUGAUGAGGAGGCCACUCCUGUCGACGAUGAUGACUCUAGCUUUGACGAAAUCCCCAAGCCCGUCGAGCGUGCUACGCGCUCUCCCGUUGUUGAGCCAUCAUCUCCAAGAGUUAGCAGCCCCCUGCGACCCAAGGAGGUGGAUGUCAAGCCACAGCCUGCUGCUGUCGCGGCUACCCCCGUGGCUGCCCCCGUCGUCGCUGCCGCCACCACUCCUACCCCAGUCGCCGCAUCUCCUGCUAGCGAGGCGAGUGUGCCUACCGCCACUGUCUCCAAGGAAAUCGAAGAGAUUAAAAAUUUGAUUGCUGAGCAGACCAAGACUAUUGCCACGCAGGCGCAACAGAUGCAGACUUUGACAGCUGAAAUUGAAGCCCUGAAGAGCAAGCUGAACUAG